GCAAACCCCCCUUGGCGCUGAUUGGCCAAACGAACCGUCCAGAGAAGUCCCCCUGGCCAAUGAGAGCGAGUCAUUCUGCCCACCUGGAAUAGCAGAAUACACUAACCCCAGCGACUGUUUCUUAAUUGAUACCACCCUCCGAUUUGCUUGCUUUUACACGAAUAACCUGCCUCGGCCGCACUUAACGAAUCCCUGCAUCGCAAAGAUGAAUGAACACUCGCCGAAGGUCCCUGGGAAAGGAAACGCGACAAAAUAACGAGUAGUCGAAUCCUGCGCCUGAGCAGUCCGUGGUUCGCGCGCGCCGAGAGGCCCCUACUCGCCAGGUGAACUUACAAGGGUACACCAUUCUCGGUCCAUCAAAGAGAGCCGACACACCACUACCACCCCACUGCCACACAGACACACACACAUACACAGAGACUCUACUACACCAAGUCGCAUAACACCUCCCCCUUCAAUAACACCACUCAACGCCUCACACCACUGCGAUUAACUCCACUUCUGUCAGCGCCUCGAGUCGGAGUGCCAAGGGUGACACUACCUUAGUCGCUGGGAGUUUAUGCAUAAUUAAGCGUUGCGUGACCCCCAGGUGUGUUCCUUCCAUGUGUGUUUGCGUGUGUGUCGUAAGGAUAUGUUUAUAUUUAUAAAUACGCGUCUGAUUGCGUGACCCGUUCGUCUCAUAUAAAUAUGGACGGUUGUGGUGGAUGACUGUGUCGUCUUCAGCCGUGAAGAAAAUUCGAGGCACUGCGAAGGAGUCACUUUUCUGUAGUUGCGACGUUCCCGUUUGCGACAGCUGCGACGUCACUCAGCUCUUGAUAUACGAAUGGUCGUUCUUGAGGACGACUUCGCAUUUAUGUAUAAACGUACACAAGUAUACAUAAAUCAGUGAAUAGAUCUCUUUCUUGCACAAAAUAAAUUGUUGUUCGAGGGAGAAAAGGAGACAGAGAGUGAGAAGGGACGUCUCUCUCUCUCUCUCUCUCUCUCUCUCUCUCUCUCUCUCUCUCUCUCUCUCUCUCUCUCUCUCACGCUAAUCUGAAAAAUUGAAGACUUAUCGAAUGUGACAGAUCGAUGGUGAGAGUGUAAUACGACGUCGGGUUUUACGUUACAAUGACGCCAGGAUUGUGGCAAACAGAGUUGGCUGUGACGUAAAAUUCUCUCAACUUGGAGGUUCGCACUUUUUCAAAACGAAUUGAAGAAGGAAUAGGCUAUGUGUUGUGUACAAAACUGAGAAAGAAAAUGAAUCAGAACUCGACCAUUCACUGCAUUUCUGCGAUGACAUAGAGAAGAAGUUGCGAGACGGAGUGUUGGGACGGAGCCGUGUAAGAAAGUAGUGAUUGAGUGUCGUGUGAGUUGAGGAGUCAAUCGAGGAAGGCCACACGAUGGAAAGAACAUAGGGAGAGAAACUGAAACGUCCAGCCCUGACAGACCAUGCGUAUGUCGGCCGGCCUCCCUCCACACUGCGUACAAUGAGCAAUUGCACCUGCCGUGAAUGUUUCAAGUGUGGUGCUUGAUCAGUGCACGCGGUUGCAACUUGUGGCUGUCGUGCACCCAGGCGUGGUCACCAUGGCAACGACGUCGUGCACAGUCUACGGGGUUACCAUCGUUACUUCCCUUAUCCUCGUCGUGUGUGGGAAUGACGACUUCAACUUACAGCUUCCUUCAUCCGGAUAUCCGAAUAAGUAUCCGAAGGCCAUCCAAGGCACUUUCCCGGGGUAUCCAUCGCGCUAUCGAGGCUACCCAGCAAACUGGGGCGCGGGUCGAUAUCCGCAGCAACACAUCGGAUACCCUGCAGGCAGCAACGAGUAUUCGGGUACGGAUAACAGAUACCCAGAGAAUGGCAACGGGUAUCAGACCAGCAAAAAUAUGUACCCGGGAAGCAACAAUGCCUUCGUCAAUAACGAUCUCAUCAGCAGCGACCUAUCCCCGACGAGCACCGGGUACCCGCAGAAUAGCUUCGCCGGGUAUGGAUACCCGCAAGGCGGCAUGGGAUACGCGAAUUACGGGUACCCGAUGAUCUCGGCCUCCCCCAAUGACGUCCUCAACGGGAAGUUGGUGAAUCCGUGGGACGCCGCCCUGUGGGAUCACCCGCUCGAUCCGGACGUGUGUCGGACCCUGGCAGGACUCACCAGGGCUCAGAUCCACAUCUGCACAAGAAACACCGACCUGGCGGGAGCAGCAGCCAUCGGGUUGGCCCUGGCUGUGCGGGAGUGUAAAAGGCAGUUCGCCCACCACCGGUGGAACUGCACAGCCCUCACCACUCCCACCAAUAACCCCCAUACAGCUCCCAUCAUGGCCAGGGGCUACAGCGAGAGCGCCUUUGGACACGCCAUCACAGCCGCUGGCGUAACGCACAGCAUAUCUCGCGCAUGCGCAGCUGGGAGACUACAGUCAUGUUCGUGUGGAAUGGUGGGAGGAAAGAGGUCCUGGAAGUGGUCCGGAUGCCAUGACAACACGAAAUUCGGCGCGCGGUACUCAAGGAAGUUCCUGGACAUCCGAGAGAGAGCGAAGGACAUCAUCUCCUUCACUCAUCUUUACAACAACGAAGUCGGCAGAAAGGUUGUGAGGCGAAACAGAGAAGUCCGCUGCAAAUGCCACGGCAUGUCUGGGUCUUGCGAGAUCAGAACCUGUUGGAAGGCUGCCCCGGACUUCAGGUUCGUGGGCGACACCCUGAAGGAGAAGUACACGAACGCAAAAGUUGCGGCCGUCGAGGUAUUCGGAAACUCCGCCAACACCGCUAAGAAAUUCCGUCCUGUCAGGAAAGAAAUCAGCAUCGACUCUCCCUUACUGUACGUGGAACGUUCGCCUACGUACUGCAGCGUCGACGACCGUCUGGACAUUCCUGGCACCCUGGGGAGACACUGCAACGUAUCCUCCACAGGACCGGAUUCCUGUGACUCCCUCUGCUGCGGCAGAGGAUAUGACCAAAGGCGACAGAAGGUCACCCGAAAGUGCCACUGUCGUUUCAAGUGGUGCUGUCACGUGACCUGCCGUGACUGUUCUGAGGACAGAUGGAUUGCCGUGUGUAAAUGAGAGAUGUAUAUUAUCCGUUAUUAGUGUUCAUUAUUAAUAUUAUUAUUAUUAUCAUUAUUUUCUGUGUGUGUACAUAUUCAGUGUGGAAUUGAUUUGUGUAAAUACUGUUCAUAUAAAAAGUAUUGAUGAUUAGAACAUUGCUAAUACAAGAAAUUUCGUUUAUUCGAGGAAUCGUGCGUUAAGAGAGUGACUUAAUCGUGAACUUGGAAUAUUGUCAAUAUCGUGAACGAAUAGUGGUAUAGUGCUUGUCUUAUGUGUUUUAUAGAUUGUGUAAGUUUAUAAACAUUUGUAAUAAAAAGGCAUCAGAAUCUUUAUGAAGGAAAAAACAAAUAAUCCGUUUUAAGAACAAAAGAAAAUUAUUGAAGUGACAUUGAAUACAAUCAUGUUAUUAACUAUUUUUUCUCUUAUGCAAACGAACGUUUUAUCGAUAGAUUUCAUAAGGAUUAGGCCAGUAAUUCUGAAAGUGGACAGUGGAAGCUGAUGGAAGAGAAAAUAAAGGUGAAUUAAACAGACACAUACAUUGAUCAAUUUAUUUAUUAUUAGGUGGUGCGCGUAGAUUUGCAAACGAAGCAUUCUUGAAACUCACAAAAUCCUCGCAACAAAUGUGAAAUAUUUUAUCGAAUUACCUGAUCUCUGGAAAGACUGACAUCAAAAUUUUGGACAACUGGUUUCGGUCAACAUUUUAAAACUGUUCUGUCGUUGCAAUUAUCCCGUUUCUUCCGAAGUUUUGUUCUACUGACCGUGUUUACCCUUCUCUUUGUCUUUCUUUCCAUGGUUUUGUGCUCUGUUAAUGUUAUUUACUCCUUUUAGCCCUCCUUCCUGAGACCUCCUUUCUCUUUUGGAGGUUUUUUCCUGAUGCUGUUAUUAACCUCUUUGUUCUUCCUUCCCGAGACUAUUCUGCAGCUGCCAUUUACUUGGUCUCUUUCAGUCGAGACUUGUUCUGCGGCUCUUUUCUUCUUAUUUAUUGUUGUCCUUUUUUCCUGAGGCUUUGUUUUAGCUGUCCUUUAUCUUUUUACUCUUCUAUUUUUGUCAAUUCCUUCUAUAGCUGCUAUAUACGGUUUUUUUUUUCUACACCUUCCAAGAAAUUCUUUUACUGCUUGUUCCUUACUCUUUCAUUCUUUCCUUUUUUUUCUCUUAAAGUUUUGUUCUACAACAGUUUCCUCGCCCUUAUCCCCUGUAUUUCUUUUCGAGAUUUUGCUGUUAUUACGCGGGUUUUCCUCAUCCUUUCUUUCUAAAUUUUGUUCUAGUGCUACUGUUUACUUGUUUUCCCCUUCCCUUUCUUUCCUAUGCCUUGCUUUAUUCCCUCUGCUGACCUUCUCUCUCUCUCUCUCUCUCUCUCUCUCUCUCUCUCUCUCUCUCUCUCUCUCUCUCUCUAAGACUUUUCAACUGUCCUUAGAGUGUUUAAUAUUUCCCUGACGUCUCUAUCCUGUCAUAUCUCCAUUACUGGCCAAUAGCACGCAGUUUACGGUGUGUUAGCGAUUCUUACUUCAUUUCUAAUCUGGUUAAAUGUUAGCUCUGACAUGACUUGAUAAGGAUUACUUGGGAAUGCCAUGUUUGAAUAGUUUUGCGUGUGCAUGUGUAUGCUUGUUGUAGUCAUGGUAUAAAAAUGAGAAUAUAGAAAUAAUUCCCACAUAAAUGGAUCAUCACAUAGCAGGGAAGUUUUACCUUAAACUUGUAAUUGCAAAUAUGUAAUAAAUAUAGAAAGUGGAAUAUUUCAAAGCAUAACAGAGAGAUUUGUUUCAGUCCGAUAUACGAAAUUUUUACCAGAUCUUUUAUUUCUUAAUCCUGGAAUUGGUGUCCCUCAGGGAAACAUGAAAACGUCAUUUUUAUUUUGUUCUGCUGAUAUAGUAGAUAGAAUUGUCAAAGGAGAUGCAAGAGUUGUGUUUCUAUACUUUAUCCAAUGAUGCAAGCAAGGUAUAGAUGCGUGGGUGCAACGUAUGGCGAUCAUAGAUAAUAGUAUUUAUGGUCCAAUUUUAGUUAAGCUAUGUUUGUAUGUAUGGAUGUAAGCAAAAACUUGUCACAAUUAAAAAUGGCACAAGAGGAUUAAAAUCUAUGCGUGCACACUGGCUAGCGUCGCCUUCGAUGUGAGAAUGAUGGAUGCGGGGAGGUUUCUUGAAAUGUUACGCAAAUAUGAAUACUUGAAUUUAUGCAUUCUGGUAAUUUCCAUUGUCUUCUUUUUUAUUUUUUUCUUGGAAACUCUCUCUCUCUCUCUCUCUCUCUCUCUCUCUCUCUCUCUCUCUCUCUCUCUCUCUCUCUCUCUCUCUCUCUCUCUCACAACUGGUUGUCUUUAUUUCCUUUACAGAUAGAAAAUUAUUACGGAAACUAAGUGUAAACGUACCUGAGCCAAGUUCAAACUUAGAUGCAUCUUCUGGCAUGGUACCACUACGGUAACCCUACGGUUGUAAUAAUACGGUUGUGUCAUUUAUAUUUACUUGGGUCUAUAACUAUUAACACACCUUUUCCAUGUUAUUUUCUUAUGAGUGUUCUUGACCCGACCUAUGGCCGGAUCGAGUUCGUGCAAUUGCUUGUUCAGAAAACAUAUUCCCCGGUGGAAAAUAAAAAAAAAAUCAUGUGUUCUCGGAGGUACUCUGUGUAAUUUAGAUUCUUAAUGGUACUGUACAUCUGUGUAUUGGUUGUUAUGAUGUCAAUGAAUUAUCCUGAAAUGUAAAAAAAAAAAAAGAGGUCACAAUAAAUGUUUCUGAAAUGUG